UUCAAGCCGGGCUUAAAAAAUUCUAGAAAACGACGAUCACAAACGCUGGGUCAUUCAGAUUUAAAUAUAAGCGAUAAAAGUGCAUAGCCUACAGUGUGUUAGUUUUUAAAAUUUUGUAUGAUUUUACAAUUUUAAUUGGUCAAUAAAAACAAAGAAAAUGAGUUGCCCACUAAGCACAGAUCACUUGACACAAUUAAAAAAAUUUAUUGAAGUUUGUAAAACAACACCGGAUAUUUUACAUCUACCUGAUUUACAAUUUUUCAAAGAUUAUAUAAUCUCAAUUGGUGGGAAAAUACCAAGUGCAACGAAAACUCAAUCACCUAGUGAGGAAAAUAUCGAAGAACCAGCUAUGGAGGAGGAAAAAAAUGAUUCAGACCCUGAAUCAGAUUUAGAAUUAGAUAUGGAAGGUGUGGUUGAGCCUGACAAGUUAGAUGAUAGUCAGUUUAUGGGUGAUAUCAACGCAGAACCUAGUGAAGAGAAUUUGGAAAAGGCUGAUGAAAAACGUUCAGAAGCUAUGAAAGAAUUUUCAGAGGGUCAUUUUGAGAAAGCUAUUGAAUUGUAUACGGAAGCCAUAAAACUGAAUCCCAUUUCUGCUUUGUUGUAUGCUAAACGUGGCCAAGUGUACUUGAAAUUAACCAAACCCAAUGCAUGUAUUAAAGAUUGUACGCGCGCGUUAGAAUUAAAUUGUGAUUCAGCUGCUGCUUAUAAGUUUCGUGGAAGAGCACAUAGACUUCUUGGUGAUUGGGAAAAAGCUGCCGCUGAUUUACGCCAAGCAUGCAAUAUAGAUUUCGAUGAGCAAACAGACGAAUGGUUACGUGAGGUGACACCAAAUGCACGUAAAUUAGAACAGCAUAAGUUAAAGCAAGAACGAAAGAAAGCUGAAAAAGAAUUACGUGAACGACAAGAACGCCUUCGUAAAGCUCGUGAAGCAAAUGCCAAAGCAGCUGAAAGUGCUCCCGAACCUGAUUUUCAAUCUGCAGGACCAGGCGGACCUGGGGCUUCAAACUUUAAUGAUUUCUUUGAAUUUUUGAAAGAUCCUGAAAUAAUGGCUUCAUUUAAAGAUCCUGAAGUAGCUGCAGCUUUUCAAGAUCUUUCUCAAAAUCCAGCUAAUGUUUUGAAAUAUCAAUCUAAUCCGAAAAUUGCUGCAGUUCUCAAAAAACUUGCUUCAAAAGUGCCAGGUAUGGAAACAAAUUUUGCUGGUUCUGGACCCAACGGCGACGAUGUUGGUCUUGAUUAAAGAUUUUGAAACUUUCGUUUUUUUUGACUGAUUAAAUUUUUUUAAGUAAGAUUCUUUUUUUUUUUUUGUUAUUCACUGUUAUUAUUAUUUUUUUUUUUGUAAUGCUCCAAAAUGAAAAUCCAUAUAUUUUAGCAUUAAAAACGGUAGAUAAUAAUUUUUCGUCACUAAUAAAAUUGGAAAGCCAACGUA